GCGGAGGCGGCGGCGGAGGCGGCCAUGGAGAAGCUGUCGGCGGCGCUGGCGCAGGUGCGCUGGGGGCCGGGGCCGCUGCCCCUCGACGUGAUCGUCAGCAGGUGCCGCCUGCCCGCGCUCGCCUGCCUCGGGCCCGGAGAGUACGUGGAGGGGGUGAGUGACCAGGACGUCCUGCUCAUCCACUCCUGCCGCCAGUGGACCACGGUGACGGCGCACAGCCUGGAGGAGGGACACUACGUCAUCGGGCCCAAGAUCGACAUCCCGCUCCAGUACCCAGGGAAGUUCAAGCUGCUGGACCAGGACCGGGACGUGCGGGAGCCCGUGCAGUAUUUCAACAGCGUGGAGGAGGUGGCCAGCACCUUCCCGGACCGCGUCUUCGUCAUGGAGGCCAUCACCUUCAGCGUCAAGGUGGUGUCGGGGGAGUUCAGCGAGGACAGCGAGGUGUACAACUUCACGCUGCACGCGGGGGACGAGCUGACGCUGAUGGGCCAGGCCGAGAUCCUGUGCGCCAAGGCGGGCAAGGAGAAGUGGCGCUUCAACAGCCUGCUGCGCAAGCUGGGCCGGGCGGCGCCGGCCGCGGGCCGGGCGGCCAAGGGCAAGAUGCCGUGCCUGAUCUGCGUGAACCACCGCACCAACGAGAGCCUCAGCCUGCCCUUCCAGUGCAAGGGGCGGUUCAGCACGCGCAGCCCGCUGGAGCUGCAGAUGCAGGAGGGCGAGCACACCAUCCGCAGCAUCAUCGAGAAGGUGCGGCUGCCCGUCAACGUGGCCGUGCCCAGCCGCCCGCCCCGCAACCCCUACGACCUGCACGCCGUGCGCGAGGGCCACUGCUACAAGCUGGUCAGCAUCAUCUCCAAGACCGUGGUGCUGUGCUGCAUCCUGCGCCGCGAGGCCGUGGCCCCCUUCCACUUCUUGCUGCUGGCCGACAUGCCCCGGUUCCUGCUGCCCGAGGCCGGCGGGGGCGACCCCCAGCUGGACAAGCUGCUGCGGGACAGCGCCGCGCUGUGCCAGGAGCGCUUCGACCCCGACGAGUACUCCAAGGCCGUGCGCGAGGCCCGGCCCGACUUCUCCGAGGAGUGCGCCAGCCCGCGGCGCCUCCGCCUCUGCCUGCAGGGCUACGGCCAGCCGGACCUCGGGCCGCCCCUGCAGCGCCUCUCGCUCUGCCUCUACGGCGGCGCCUUGCUCCACAGCCCCGACAACCCCGAGGCCCCAGGGCCGCCCCACUCGCUUCUCCUGUCCCGCCGCGAGCCCUCCGGCUUGGCCGAGCCGCCCGACGCGGAGCGGGAGUACGUGACGCCCGACUGGGCCGAGCCCGACUUCCGGACGCCGGAGCCGCUGGAGAUCCCCUACGAGGAGCUCUGGGCCAACCAGGCGCCCGAGAGCUACGCGGAGCCCAGCGCCAACCUGCCGGGGCUGGGCUGCGCCGGGCCGGGCCCACGGGACCUCAUCUCCUUCGGGGCCAGGUCCCCACUGGCCUCGCCUCGCCGCCCCCGCGUGCCGGGGGACGCGCCGCCCCCCGUGCCGCCCAAGUCGGAAGCGGUGAAGGAGGAGUGCCGCCUGCUCAACGCGCCGCCCGUGCCGCCCCGGGGUGGCCGCCUGCACGCUGCCCCCAGCCCGCCCGUGCCCCUGCGCUUCCCCAAGCUCCCGCCUGCCCAGUCGCCCACCCCCAGCCUCUCCUACUACUCCUCCGGGCUGCACGACGUGUCGGGCCCACGGAGCGGGAGCUGCUCGCCCUCGCCGGACUCCUACUCCCUGUACUGCUACCCCUGCACCUGGGGCGACUGCAAGGCCGGGGACUCGUCGGGCCGGCCGCUGCCGGGGGCCCUGCCGCCACCAGCCCCCACCUCGUGGUCGGACCCCUGGGCCUACGCGGACGCGGGCCCCAGCGUGGCCAGCGGGCGCUCCACGCCGCUGCUGGGGGGCGAGGCCGGGCUCAAGACCUACCACAGCUGCCCCCGCCUGAAGCCGCCCCACGGGCAGAAACGCUUCGCCCCCUUCGGAGCCCUGAACCCCUUCUCCAACCCGGCCUAUUCGCCCAGCCCCUCCGCCUCCUCCGCCGACUGGCUGGACACCCUGGAGUGGCAGAAGCCGCCCGCGGCCGCCUCGCCGGACACUUUCGCCUCCUUCGAGGCCGGUCCCGGCAGCUCCCCGGAGCCGGAGCCCCGCUACGGAGCCGGGGGGCCCGGCCCAGCGCCCCCGCCGCGGCCGCCCAAGGGCUUCGAGGCAGAGAACAUCGUGAUCCGCAGCACGGCCCCGCUGUCGCCCACCAUCGUGCGGGGCGCCGAGGGCGGCGUCACCCGCGUCUACCUCACGCAGGGCGUCAUCGAGGUGCCGCCCGCCUCGGCGCCCCGCUGCGGCGCGGGCGAGGGGGCGGCCCACGUGCCGGGGCUGCCGCGGCGGGACGGGGCGGCGUGGCGCCCGCCGGCCGACCUGUCUGCGCUGUCGGUGGAGGAGGUGUCGCGGUGCCUGCGGUUCAUCGGGCUGUCCGAGGACGUGGUGAGCUUCUUCUCGCGGGAGCGCAUCGACGGCAGCAUCUUCGUGCAGCUCACCGAGGAGAUCCUGGCCGACGACUUCAAGCUCACCAAGCUCCAGGUCAAGAAGAUCAUGCAGUUCAUCAAGGGCUGGCGGCCCAAGAUCUAGCCGGACGCCGGGGUCCCCUGCCAGUCAGUCGGGGCCCGUAGGGAUGGACCGGACCUGUGAGCCUCUGGGCUGCGCCGUGGGCAAAGGGGCAGGGGGGGUAUUAGACCCCCUCCACCCACAGCGGUGGCCCCACGCCUGGUGCUCCCUGCCCGAGCGGGACGCCGUGUGCACGGGGCUCAGCCCAUGCGGGGGGCAGGACGCUCCUGCCUCGGCUGCAGGGUGCCAGCUGCUCCCUGCCUGCCCCCAAUUUGGGGAAGGGGAUUCUGGUUUAACGCCUUGUUGCCCGAGUUAAGGCGGGGGGAACUCCUCCCCGAUCCUGCUGGGGUGGUGCUUCCUUCACAUUGCUCCCUCCUCCUUCCUGGUUAGCAUCUCCCUCUCCUCUCCCAGGGACCCCCCUAGAUCUGCCCCUGAACCUGGGCCUGGCAGGGGGCUGGGUGCUGCACAUGUGCCCCUGGGGCAAGAAACGCUGCUCUCGUGGUGCAUGAAGCUGGUGGAGAGCUCCUGGGUCCCAGGACCCGUCUCCACAGCUGCCCCCUGGACUUGCACAGCCGCCGUGCUGCACACCCACGUCCCCCCCAGCCCUGAGCGUGGCUGCCAGAGCCUAGCCCAGCAGGGACUAGGCCCAAGGGGGGUGGAGAUGGAGGGUUGCAAGCCCUGGUCUGGGGCCGGGCUGGGGGCAGGCGUUUUAGUGGUUCACAACAGGGAAUAUAGCUGGUGAGUGCCUGGUGCUCUGCGCCAGCCCUGCAGCGAUGCUGGCCAUGGCCCCUCCCUGGGCACCCCCGAGGGCACACAGAGGUAGGCAAAUGCAUGGGAAGCCUCGGGAGCCUGCUGUGGCAUGUGCCCCUUGCCUAGGAGAUGGCUGGCAGAGCCCACCUCCCACCUGCACAGCCUGCGAUACAGGAGAGGGCGUCUCCUUCUCAGCCUGGCAGAGAGGGGCAUGUGUGGGCACCCGCCUGCCGUAGGGCACAGCCCCCUGCACCCACCCAGCUCCCUCUGGUAAUCAGGACUAAAAUGACCCCCAACUAAUCCUGGCCCCGCUGGGCCUGAUGAUAACGCUGCGGCCCCUGCUCCCUUCCCUCCCCCUCGUCUAACCUGGGAGGGCGAGACCAGCCGGGGCCUGGUGGUGCUGGGCAAGCCUGGGGCGCGUUUCUACUGCUUUCACUUAAUCCGCGUGGAUUGGAGAAAUAAACGACCGAGAAAGAGA